UUUUGCUGUGUUGCCCUUCCCUACACAAAACUCCAGACCUCCAUCAAUUUUGCUGCUCCCACUGCUUGGGCAUCUUCGGGUCACCAUCUGUUUGUAUCUGCAUUUAUGCUCGCAUCAAAGGUCAUUUGUGAUGACACUUACCCCAACAAAUCCUGGAGC